AUGAAAUCGAAGAGAGGACGAAAGACUUAUUCAGUCACAGAAGGAUAUAUUGACCCAACUGGGCAAACACAUGUGAUGAUAGUGCGUCGUUCUCUCUCCUCUCAGAAAAAAAAAACUAACAAAUGUGCUAAUAAAAACAAAAGCAAUUGUUGUAAGAAAUGUGAGAAUGAAUUAGAUUUCGUGGAUGCACUUGCUGAACGAAUCAAUGGAUUAGAAAGUUUAGUAAGAAGAGUAGCUGAUGUUACCAAAAAGAACUGUACUCCGAUUACCACGAAACUUUCACAAAUGGAAACUGAUGACCUUCUUUUUUUCUCAAAUAACCUGGAAACGAUGUUAUCCAGAACACAGGAGUCACAGGUUUUUUUAAGACAUCCACAGGCCACGAAUCAAGAAUGGACAUUUAAUGCGCAGGCUAAAAGAGAUGAAGAAAUUUCCGAGCAAUAUAUAUCUAAUACUACCUUCUUUUGA